AUUGUUGUAAAAUACAUAUCCGAAGAGAGAUCUAGUGCGAAUUUUUCAGUUCGCGUUAAUCAUUUUUUAUCCGUUAAAACGCACACUCCAAUAGAUGCAAGUAGAGCAACGCGGUCUCACACGGAGCAAACACACGGUACACAAUCCAAGCAAUCAUUUGUUCAGCGAGGCUCAUCGGAGAUAAACAAAAGAUUGGCAUUGGUGACAGAUGAUUGUAUUUUCGUGUUGCAUUCGUUACCCAAACGCCGUAUGGACUUUAGUCACUGCCUAAUUGAAGAAGUAAUAUUUGUGGCAAGUCUGUGAGCAGCUAGCUUAGUUCCAGGAGGUAACAAUACCAUGGCGGUCAACGUUCACUGUACGAGCGUAACGACGGAAAAUAUGUCCCGACGGGAUAUGUUGGCUUGGGUCAAUCAGACUCUGAUAUCCGAUUUCAAGAAAGUUGAGGAACUGUGCACAGGUGCCGCCUACUGUCAGUUGAUGGAUUUACUGUUCCCGGGUUGUGUUCCCCUGAAACGUGUGAAGUAUUGCACCAAUCAGGAUCACGAUUUCAUCAAUAAUCUGAGACUGUUUCAGAACGCUCUAGUCUCGUUGAAGGUAGAAAAGCCAGUUCCAAUCGACCGAUUGAUAAAAGGUCGAUUCCAGGAUAAUUUCGAAUUUCUGCAAUGGUUCAAAAAGUUCUUCGAUGCCAACUACGAUGGUAAAGAGUAUGAUCCCCAGGCGGCCCGUAAUAACGUUCCGAUGGGCUACGGGACACCGAAUGCGCUCAGGCCGAGUCAGAAGACGAAUGUACCCGGAAAUGUUGGUUUCGGGAAAGCGCGUGCAAUAGAAAAGAAAACCACUCCCACGUCUGCGCUUAUCAAAGCUCCCAAGGUGAGCACCGACACUAGUAAGGCACUGUUGGAAAAAGUGAACUAUCUCAUGGAGGAACGGGACGAGCUGACGGUGAAAAUGCAAACAAUGGAAAUUGAACGAGACUACUACUAUCAAAAGUUGACACAAAUAGAGGCUUUAAUUUCCGAAGAAGAAUCUCCUGAGAACCAAACAUUUUGUGAUCGGGCGAAAGAAAUUAUGUUCGCCGAAUCCUAGUCUGAUUUCAAUGAUUAAUAUUUGUGUUUAAUUGUUAUCAUUAAUUUGUAUGUCAAUAAAUUGUU